AUGAAAACGUGCAAUUUCGUGGAUGCGAGUCAGUCGGCAUUCGCGGCAGUGGUCUACUGGAGAAUCACGUAUGAGGACGGCGACGUGCAAGUGAGGUUCGUGUGCGCAAAGACAAAGUGUGCACCUAUGCGAACGAUGACGAUUCCACGGUUGGAGCUGCAGGCAGCAGUUCUAGGAACGAGAUUGAUGGACACAGUCAGGCAAAGUGUGCCUAUUGCAGAGAUUGUGCUAUGGACGGACUCGAAGAGCACGCACAGGCGCUACAAGCAGUUCGUAGGGAACAGAGUAGCCGAGAUUCUGGAGUCAACGAAGGUGGCCCAAUGGAGAUGGCUACCGUCCGCCGACAACGUGGCGGAUGAUGCGACUCGGGCGCAACGCAGCGUAGACCUGAGCGAGGAGUCACGCUGGUUAAAAGGACCGGCAUUCCUGAGGAGAUCACCGAGCUGCUGGCCGGGAACCGCACCUACCGACGAAGCGGACGCAGAAGAUGAAUAG